AGAGACUGUACUCGAAAUGAGUUCCAUGGUCAUAGCUUCUGGAUCUCUUUCCGUCGUUGGGAUGUCUCGACGGGCAGUAUCGACCAUAUUCACUCGACUUCCUCUCGCUCACUCUCGAUGUCUCUCGAGUGUACCCAUACGAUCCCCGAUCUUGACCCCAGGCUCACCCUCUAGCUUAUGUCCAGUAUCGACUUGCUUGAAGUCACGUCUCUCUCGUACCAUCCCGCAACCGCAGUCACCUCUAUAUCACCUACGAAACCUCUCCACCUCUACUCCUAGACAUGCACCCCCUCCAUCUUCAACUAGCACACCGACAAGUACCCAGUCCCCACCUCCUUCUACAGACCCCACCCCUCCCGUCGCUAUCAGUCCGGAGAAACCUCCCGGUCCCAUUAAGGAGCCGGCAGAAAAGGAUACAGAUUGGCGUAUCAUGGUAAAGCUCGCUGGCAACAUCUGGCCUCGUGGAGAUACCGGCGUCAAAGUUCGAGUGAUCGGAGCGUUGGUUUUGUUGGUAGCUGGGAAACUGUUGAAUGUGCAAGUUCCGUUCUUCUUCAAGGAUAUCGUGGACGCUCUCAAUGUGCCCAUUACCUCAUCUAGCACGGUGUGGAUCCUUGCUGGGGCGAGUAUCGCGGGGUACGGCGCCGCUAGGAUCCUAGCAACAUUAUUUGGUGAAUUAAGAAACGCAGUUUUCGCCAGCGUAUCCCAAGCUGCCAUCCGUAAAGUCGCUAGGGAGACAUUUGAACAUCUUCUCAACAUGGAUAUGAGGUUUCAUCUUGAAAGACAAACCGGUGGAUUGACACGUGCCAUUGAUAGAGGUACCAAGGGAAUCUCUUUCGUCCUCUCCUCAAUGGUAUUCCAUAUAAUACCUACUGCAUUGGAGAUUACAAUGGUUUGCGGGAUUCUUUCUUGGAAGUUCGGUUGGGACUUUGCUGCAGUGACUGCUAUCACUAUGGGGUUGUAUACUUGGUUCACCUUCCGGACGACUGCUUGGCGGACCAAAUUUCGGAAAGAGGCCAAUAACGCGGACAAUAAAGGGGCUUCGGUGGCUGUCGAUUCGUUGAUCAAUUACGAAGCUGUCAAGACCUUCAACAACGAAAAGUAUGAAGUGGCUCAAUACGAUGCCACUUUGAAAACCUACGAAAAAGCGUCCAUCAAAAUCGCCACUUCACUCGCUGUCCUCAACUCUGGUCAAAAUUUUAUAUUCUCCUCUGCGCUGACCAUGAUGAUGCUACUCGCUGCGCAAGGGGUGGUGAAUGGAACAAUGACAGUUGGAGAUCUGGUCAUGGUCAACCAACUUGUAUUCCAACUUGCUCGCCCUUUGAAUUUCCUUGGGACUGUAUAUCGAGAACUCCGACAAAGUUUGGUAGACAUGGAAGUCAUGUUCAAUUUAUCAUCUCUGGAUUCGAAUAUAAAAGACCGACCAGGAGCCAAACCUCUCAUUCUCAAAGGUGGUGAAAUCCAAUUCGAAAACGUUUCUUUCGGUUACCAUCCUUCCCGUCCUAUCUUACAAAACCUAUCCAUGCGUAUACCCGCCGGACGUAAAGUAGCCAUCGUAGGUCCUUCCGGUUGUGGUAAAUCAACAGUUUUCCGACUAUUAUUCCGUUUCUACGAUUCAUCUUCCGGUCGAAUACUCAUAGAUGGUCAAGAUAUAAAAGACGUUCAACUUUCAAGUUUACGAAGUAAAAUCGGUAUCGUCCCACAAGAUACACCAUUGUUUCAUGCGGAUAUCAUGCAUAAUGUCCGAUAUGGGAAUUUAGAAGCUACAGAUGAAGAAGUUGUUGAAGCUGCCAAAAAGGCUCAAGUGGAUGAUACGAUACAACGACUUCCGGAGAAAUACAGCACUAAAGUUGGAGAAAGAGGUUUGAUGAUUUCCGGAGGGGAAAAACAGAGAUUAGCAGUUGCUAGGGUUUUGUUAAAAGAUCCACCUAUCUUGUUUUUUGAUGAAGCUACAAGUGCUUUGGAUACUUAUACAGAGACGGAGUUGAUGAGGAAUAUCAAUAAUACGUUGGUGGAUGGGACAAAGACUAGUGUUUUCAUUGCUCAUAAACUACGAACCAUAUCCGACGCCGACCUAAUCAUAGUUCUCGCCGAUGGUCAAGUGGCAGAACAAGGGUCCCACGAAGAGCUCUUGGCCAAAGAUGGUGGAGUGUAUCAACGUCUUUGGAUUGCUCAAUUAUCA